CUUGUUAAAAUAUUAUAAAGUAAGAUUAACAACAACAACAUUGUAAUUUAAGUCUACAAUACUUUGUAAUUAACAAUUUUCUUGUAAUUAAAUUUCGAAGGAAACUUACUUUGCGCUAAAAAAUGGCGGAUUGCGACAGUCGUUCACAUGAAAAGAUGACUUAAAUGCACAUGGUUUCCAAAUGUGUAACUUAAGGUUUUUGUUUAUGUUCAUGUUGUGAGGAUUUAAAAGAGUGUAUUUGAUUAAUAAAAAAAAUACUAUGCAAUUAUAAAAAGUGUUAAAUAUUCGGUUUUGAUUGGUAUAAGUUUGAUUUGUUGACUGUAUGUAAGUAAUAUCAACAUGCCUCCACGUCGAGCAGCCAAACCUAGAAGAUCAGGAUUUCCAAACAAAAAAAAAGAACUUAAUUUACAAGAAAGAUCAGCUGAAAAUACUUUGUUCUAUUAUCCUCAUUAUUGUAUUCCUGGAAUAAAUUUUAAUAAAACACCUAGGGUGGAAAAAUGGGAUUUAGGAAAUGUAAUGGAUAUGUAUAAAAGCUAUCCUUACAGUUCUGAUUUGCCAAAACCUUUAUUACCACCUUCUAAGAACACUAAAUGUCUUUUAACGAUGAGUGAUCCUGUGACAGAUAUUCUUUUCACUAAAAGUAUUAUCCAGGAUGAUAUUGAUAGAAUAUUGGACAAUUAUCAGAAACAUCAAACUGAUCAUCAGUUUAUGAUGAAGAAAGAUCUACAGUGGACUACUGAAGGCGACAAAAAAGAAACUAUCUUACCUCGAUAUCUUGCUGAUUUAUCAGAUAUUAUACAAAUGGAUCCUGAUCCACUCUUCCAAGGGGAAUAUAAUUGGUAUUACACGGGCGGAUCAUUAACUGGACUUACAUUGAACAACCAAUUUAUUUUGAUUUUUCCAUAUAUGAAUGAACUUGUGACAAUGCCUCUAAGUUAUGGAAAUAAUUUUAUAUGGAAACCUGAUUAUAAAAAUGCUUCAAAAUUGUCUUUGGACAAUACAGUUUAUGAGCUUAGAUACAAAACAUCAUCUACCUGUCAAAUUUUAGCCAGAUUAAAAAAUGAAUGUACAUUGCUUAGUCUUUCCGAAAAUAAUGGAAAAUUACAAUUAAUACCAUUCGAUACUAAAUCGUCAACCAUUCCGUUCAUCAGUGCUGAUUUACCUCCAAAUGAUUCUAAUCAAUAUUGUACUUUAGAUGCUAAUCAAACAAUGGAAGUAUGCGAUAUAACAACAGGGAAAGUUAUAAGUAAAGGAGAUAUAAAAUUGAAUCAAAAAUUAGAUGAUAAUUGGGGAAGUGUAAAGUAUAAUUUAUUGAAUCCAGACUUACUUAUUUACACUAACAGAUGUUGUUUAUAUUACUUUGAUACUAGAGCAGAAAUGGAUGGACCAGUACUAUCAAUGUGCCCAAAAUCAUACCUAGAACAUUGUGAACGUAUUUCUCUACAGCUAUUUAGUACUCGAGAAUCUCGGCUUUAUCUUGGAACAUCUCAUAGUAUUUUGCUAUGUGAUGACCGGACACCUACUGAGUGUGUUCAUCAAAAAUGGACUCAUCAAUUAAAAAGUACUCCCCUUCAAGGAUCUGUCGCUGAUUAUGGAGAUCAGGAAAUAGUUUUGAUGUCUGGCCAAGUUUGUACAGAUAAGUCAGUUAUCAUAAAUAGUUGGAAUGAUUAUCCUCAUUCUUAUUAUCUACCUAAAGUGCCACCAAGUAUUUCAGAUACUUUGAAAAAAUGUCAGAGUUUAGGCAAGUGCUUAGACCCUCUUUUAACCCCUCGAUUUCAACUUAGUACAGCUGGUGUUCACCUAAAAGUGACGGAAGAUAACAAUGCGUUCAUUUUCUCUCAAAAUUCAAUCGGGGAUAUAUUUUAUCAAUGUAUUACUCAUGAUAAAAAUUCUGAAAGGAUGCCUUUUUAUAAUAGUCAGGCACAAUAUGCUUUAAAUUGUUGGGAACGUCAAAUUUUACUUCAAGAUGAUCCUUUAUUACCUUUUGUACUUUGUGAUCGAGUAAAUAUGGAAGAUGCUCUAAAUACUUUUUCAAACGCAGAACUUAAAUACUCAAUAAAGCCUAAAGAAGAAAGUUAUGUUCCCGAGUAUUGGAGGCAACCGCUGGAAAAAUUAAAAUCUUAUGUUGAUUUAUUAGCGCCAGAAUUAUUAGCAGUAUGGGAAAUGAAAGAUGAACUUGAAGAUGGAACAUCUUCAAAUCAACAUGAAAAAGUUUUAAAUUGGCUAGAAAUGGCUGAUGAAGAAGAAAUACCAGAAUCUCAACCAAUAUUUGAUGAUGACGAUGAAGACUCUUUUCCAUUUACACCUAUAGAGUCUCAAGAGUUAGUGAGUGUUUCUCAACAACAUUUUGAACGAAAUGUUCCUAUUGAAAUUCCGAAUGAAAAUAAAGCCGAGUCAAUUCAGGAAGUAACACAAAAUGAUUUUAAUCCUGAAGAUUUAUAUCUACCAGCUGUUAAAGUAAAAACGAAAACAAAAACAGUUCAGAGGAAGAGUGGGUUCAUCGAUGGAUUUCAAUAAUAAUUCAACGUUAUAUAAUUCAAUGAAUGUCGUUUUAUUCCGUUUUCGAAUGUAAUUUUACGAAAUUAACACUUAUUUUUCGAAAAUAAAUCACGAUUUAGAAAAUUUUUAAAUAAUAAUAAUA